AGGUAAUUAAUCUCUACGCUUCUCUCUCUGCAAUUACUUCUUGAGAGCAUCUCUCUCUAGAAUAUUGAGUAUUGCUGACUUGAGCGUUGGAGUGUCUUCCCCGAGGAAACAACCUCGGGAUUUUCAGGUGUAAAAGCAGCCGAAGACUUCAACAGUGUUGGAUUGUGAAGCUGCCCAAACAUUUGGCGCCGUCUGUGGGAAACCUUGAACAAAAAGUUGUGUAGCUUAACCCUCUGAAAGACAAAAUGGUUCGGACUUUUACAGGAGGUCGUCCCCCAAGAAAUGAAGUAGACGAACAAGAGGACAUUCAACUGCCUGAGCCCGGUUUGAAUGACUUUAGGCCAAUGCCAAGAAACCUCUUCGUAGGGGGAGCCGAGCAGGAUCACCUCAGUGAAACAGAUGACGAAAGAACACCCACUGGGUAUGCAACCCAGCCUGAACAGUUCCAAGUUCCAGCAGGAACAAGACAAAGACCUUCGGGACCACACAAUACACAACAUGAACGACCUGAAAGGUCAACAGAACCUGCUCAGACAACUGAACUUGAGGAAAGAACCAGAGUUCUCGAAAUGGCAAUGGGUAAAAUCCUCGCCCGACUAAUACCUGACGACCCCCUGAUUCCUUUAUUGAACAGGGAUGCACAACCAGCUGCGGUUGUAGCGACCCGAAACUCACCCGCUCUAAGCAACAUAGUGGUGCCGACCAGGCCGAGGGGAAGCGGGAAGCUGAAUAUCGAACCCAGCUCGUCCAAGUAUAGUGAAGAACUGAUGAGAAAGAAUGCAGACCUGGAAAGGCAGUUAAGGGACGUACAAAGGUCUAUUGACGAGCUGAAGAGUCCCAGGUCGCACCAACAGACUCUCGAUUUGGAUAGUGCCCCUUUAAACCUAUCCAUCACAGGAGAGCCAUAUCAAGAGGGAUUUAAGAUUCCCCACCUGGAGACGUAUGACGGCUCGGGUGAUCCUGAUGAACAUUUGCAUACCUACCAAGCCAUCAUGAGAAUCCAGAAUGCCAACGAUGCCAUGAUGUGCAAAGUGUUUCCAGCAACACUCAAGUCAACAGCUAGGAGAUGGUAUCAUAAACUCCCCAGACAUUCCAUAGAUUCGUAUUCCCAGCUUGCCAAGUUAUUCUCCAACAAAUUUGCAAGUCAAAGGGAGAUUAAACGCACGGCGACCGAGCUGAUGCAAGUUCACCAAAAGGAGGGAGAAUCUUUGAGGGACUACAUGCAGCGAUUUAACAAAGCUACAUUAGAUAUCGAUAACAUCCCUGAUACCAUCUGCUUAUCCGCCCUGCUGCACGGUCUGAAACGUGGCAGGUUCCUAGACGACUUACUGGAAAAUCCACCAAAAACGUGGAACGAAGUCAAUGACAGGAGGGAGGAAAAGAAAAAGCAGAAGGUUAAUGAACAAUGGGGGAAGCCAGCUAAAUUCCCAAAAUAUGCUAGCUAUAUCCCUCUCACUUUGCCAAGGUCUCAAAUCCUAGCACAGAUCCAGCACUGGGUUAGAAGACCCCCACCCCCGGUGCAUGAUUCCCCGCGAGCAGACAAGAGCAAACAUUGCGACUACCAUCGUGUAUAUGGUCACAACACAGAAGACUGCCAACAUUUAAAGGACGAGCUGGAGUUCUUAGCUCGCACUGGGAAAUUAGAGGGAUAUGUUCAGAAGCCUCAUACCCAGCAACCGGCUCAAAAUCACUUCGUGCAGGGGUAUAACCGACCUCAGGUACAGAGGUACCAGCUCGGCAACACACAAGGCAUGUAUCAAGAUGGCCAAUAUCCUUCCGAGCAAGGCAGAGCGUAUAGGGGCCGCCAAUUCAACAGGCGAGGCCAAGGUCAGGGACCUGCCCCCCAAAACCAAAAAGACAGGAGAGGAAUUGGGUGCAGUGCGAUACCCCCGCCGUCUGGCACAAUCAACAUGAUCUCCGGCGGUAUGCACUCGGAGGGCCAAAGUGCCCGGGCACGGAAGGCAUAUGCCCGGCAGGUGAUGACGGUUAAAAAAAACAGGCCCUUGAAGCGACCAUUCGAGGAGGCGGAGUGGGAGAACACACCCAUUACAUUCAGCCCGACAGAUUACAAACGAGCAGAUGGAGAGCCCGACGUUAUGAUGCCGCAUGCGGAUCCUUUUGUGGCAACGGUUCAUAUAGGCAACCAUAACGUCAAUAAGGUCUUCAUUGAUACGGGUAGCUCGCCAGAUAUCCUAUACUGGAGUUGCUUCCAGAAAAUGCAGCUAAACCCAAGCUCGCUGCAAAAGCACGAAGGGCCUAUAUAUGGGUUUGACAAUCAGCCCGUGCCGGUUGAAGGAGUAAUUACCCUUCCUAUCUAUGUGGGCUCGGAACCAAGGUUCAGGAUGGCUUCUGUCACCUUCCUGGUCGUCAAGAUGGAGUCAGCUUUCAACGCUAUACUGGGAAGAGCCACUCUUUGCGAGCUGAAGGCUGUGAUAUCACAACCCCAUCUUUGCAUGAAAUUCCCAACUCCUCAGGGGGUAGGAGUGCUUAAAGGAAAUCAGAAGAUGGCCAGAGCGUGUUAUCAAGACACAUUUAAGAAGGUUGAGCUUGCGGUAGCCCCGAGAGACUCUGAAAAUAGUAGGCCGGCUCAGCCCGGCCAGCAGACAAUGAGCAUAUCGGAUAUUGAGCAUAGACCCGAGGGUGUCGAGCAGAAAGCAGAGCCGGUAGAGCCAGUAGAAACCGUUCCUUUAAACCCUGAUGUGCCGGAAAGAACAGUCAAGAUCGGCACCAAGCUCAUAGAAGAAGAACGAGCAGAGCUUCUGGAAUUUUUGAGGGUCAAUCAAGAUGUGUUCGCAUGGACUACCAAUGAAAUGCCUGGCAUCCCGGCAGAGUUGACAGUCCACAAACUCAGCACGGACCCCACCAGAAGGCCGGUGAUACAGAAACGUCGCCUUUUUGGCCCAGAGAAACAAGCUGCCAUAGACGAGGAGAUACAAAAGCUGCUACAAGCGGGCUUCAUCAGGAAAGUGGAGUACUCUGAGUGGGUAUCUAACCCCGUGCUCGUCAAAAAGCCAAAUGGCAAGUGGAGGAUGUGUAUUGACUUCACCAACCUCAAUGACGCAUGUCCAAAAGACCCUCACCCCCUGCCGAAUGUGGAAAAAUUAGUGGAGCGGGCAGCUGGGCAUGAGCGGAUGAGCUUUCUCGACGCCAGCUCGGGCUAUCACCAGGUUCAGCUGCUGUUGAACGACCAGGAGAAGACAGCUUUUUACGCUGGUGACGCAAUCUACUGCUAUGUCAUGAUGCCGUUCGGCCUCAAAAAUGCCGGAGCAACAUACCAGAAGCUGGAUCACAUAGGCGACCUGGAGGAAACUUUUCAAAACCUGCGCCGAGCCCAAAUGAAGCUGAAUCCUUUGAAAUGCACGUUCGCUGUGGAAUCAGGGAAAUUCCUAGGAUACGUGGUAUCCAAGAAGGGAGUUGAAGUGAAUCCAGAGAAGGUCCAGGCCGUUCAGCAUAUGGAGUCACCCAAGACUAUAAAAGAUGUACAGCGCCUGACAGGUCGUGUAGCCGCAUUGCACAGGUUUAUAGCCAGGUCGGCUGAAAGGUGCCUCCCGUUCUUUAAAGCUUUGAGAGAGCCUAAAAAUUUCCAGUGGACCGAUGAAUGUCAACAGGCGUUUGACGAGCUCAAACAAUAUUUGGCAUCAGCACCCAUGCUGUCCAAACCUGUCGACGGGGAAUGUUUAUAUCUGUAUCUGGGGGUCGCGGAAGAAGCAGUGAGUUCAGUUCUACUGAGGGAGGAGAAUAAGAAUCAGAAGCCCAUCUGCUAUGUGAGCAAAGUUUUACAGGGCGCUGAACGGAAUUAUCCAUUAGCAGAGAAGGCUGCUUUCGCCCUGGUGUACACAGCUCGUAACAAACUUCCUCUGAGAUUUGUCCUAAUUAAAAAUUUGAGAAGUUCGAGAAAUCUGCCCGUCACCCAUAUCAACCCGUACGGAUUAGCUGCUUCAGCUCGUUCACUAUACGCUAGCUCGUUCAGACGAGAUCGUCCAUGCGCACCUGCUCAGCUCGCUGAUCAGCCGAGCUCGCCUUACCUAACCACCCGUUUACUCGUGCCUGCUCUGCAGGAGGUCGGCAUGCGACCACCCUGGUUUCACGCUGCCCAGCUCGGCCGUCCAUGAGGCCGGUCAGGAACACAAAGUA